AUGGGAAUUUCUACUGAUAUGUUCCAGUUAAAACAAGUUCUGAAAAUAAUACUACUACAGAAUAUUCGUCAUUAUCAUAAAAUUUUGACUAUGUUGGCGGAAAAUUGUGGUUUCGAUGGACCAACCACGGGCGAUGGAAAUUUCGGCGAGACGUUCACAUCUGAGGCCGCGACGGAAACAAUCAAGUGUUAUUCGACUGAAGAAUUUUUAUUGAGAUAUACCUAAGCAGAAGGGAUGAUGAUAGAACAUUUUUAAUUUAAUUUUAAGAAUAUAUAUGUGAAUUUUGAC